AUGGUCGCCAUCGGUCCAGCUUCAUCGGAGCAGAAUCGGACAGGGACGUCGCUUAAACCGGAACUAAAACACAACAAUUGGGCCGACUGGCCGAUUGCGGGCACUCCUGAGCCAAAACCAGCAUUUUACGGGAAGCGGGUCACCAGCAGAAGCGAUGAAAGUCCAUACCCGGGGCAAUGGGGAGAGACUAAUGCCCUGGAGACCUCGAUCAAUUAG